AAAAAUCAGCAUUUUUCUUGUCCAAUUUUGCCUAAAGAGUCACAUUUCCUAAUCCAAGAGCAUUGUUAACCUUGUUAUAUAUGUAUAGCAAUAGCACCCUCUUAAAGAACCAGCAGAAGCAGAAGAAAGAAAUGAAGGGCCAAGAACAAAUCAAAAUGUCUAAGGUUAUCAAAAUUGAUUCUCAGAAAUCAUGGGAGCAUCACAUCUUCUAUGCUACCAAUCAAAGCUACCCUGUUGUGGUUCAUUUCUCUGCUUUCUGGUGUGUGCCUUCUAUAGUUAUGAAUCCUUUCUUUCAAGAAUUGGCCUCCACCUAUCAGAAUGCUUUGUUUCUGACAUUGGAUGUGGAUGAGGUUAAGGAAAUUGCCUCCAAGUUUGAGAUAAAGGCCAUGCCUACUUUUGUGUUGCUGAGUGGUGGAGUUCCUGUGGAGAAAAUUGUAGGUGCAAAUCCAGAUGAAAUAAGGAAAAGGGUUGAUCAUUUUAUUCACUCAACUCGUUCCUGCAAUUAUGUUGAUCAAACCAUGAACGUAUGAACAAGGAGUUUGUCAAAGCUGUAACCAAGGCUACUUAGAAUUGUUAUUCAUCAUAAUAACACAGGAAUCAUUGCAUUGCAUUAUGUGUUCUAUUCCAAGUAACAGUUCUGGUUGUUUUCUUGUUUGUAAAGGUUUGAUGAGGCCAUGUGAGAUACGAGUGACUAUAUUGUGAUUAUUUGGGUGUGGAAAGUAGCUUGAGUGUGUACAUGAGUAUUUUAGUGUGCAUUGAAUUUCUUUAUUAUAGAUGAAAGUGAUCUCUUUUAAUA